UCGCAUGGACAGAACGCUGGAUGUGUCAGGGUCAAGGCUGCAUUUGCUUUUCGUGACAUUUUUCCUCUGGGUUUCUGGUUCUCUGGUCUCUCUGGACCUUAUUUCUUCCCGACAGACCGCUUCUCUUGGAGCAAAGCAGAUCUUCUGUCCUGGAAUGAGGAAGAUCACACUGAACAUUCAGUCCCUCUAACAUUAAGGUGAUGGUGAUAUGCACCAUGACGCAACAUCAUGACAUCAAUGCUGAUUGCUGACACAGUGCAGCAGCAAAGGAUGCUGGGAAAUACCAAGCGGUUUUUUAGCAGUGCGGAGGAGAAAGACGACGAGGAUGAGGAAGAUGAGGAGGAAAGAUUGAAAAGAGGGAAACAAAAUGGGAUGAUAGAUGUGGGAGACAAGGAACACCAGAACCGCGGUGGACGCAAGGCCGAGGGGUCCAAGCCAGCAGCCGUUGUGAUUGGAUGGCAGAGAGGAGAAAGACCGCCCAGGGCGGUCAAUUCUGCCCAAAGAGGAAUUCCUCAUUUGCCCAGUCAGCCAACACUUUAUCAUCAGACGACCAAUCAGCCGCAGUAUCACCCGGUCCUGACCAAUCAGCAGGCACGGAGACGUCUCAUGGAGCGAAGUAUGACCACGGUCACACCUGUCGAAGAAUCGCAACUCGCUGUCAUGGUGUUCCGUAUUGGCAUACCUGAUAUCAAACAAACGAAGUGUUUGCGGUUUGAUCCUGAUUCCUCCGUUUGGAUUGCGAAGCAGCAGAUUAUUUGUACCCUCAGUGAGUCGUUGUGGGACGUUUACAAUUACGGCCUUUUCCAGCCAGCGGGAGACAGACGAGAUGCCAAGUUCCUCGAGGAAGAGCGCUUGCUUCGAGAAUUCUCACAGUCCCUGGAGAAGGGAGUGCCCUACCUGGAGUUCAGAUACAAAACACGAGUCUACAAACAGACCAACCUGGAUGAGAAACAACUAGCAAAGCUGCACACUAAGGCCAAUCUGAAGAAGUUCCUGGAUUACGUUCAGGGUGGAGCAGUGGAGAAAUUGAGUAAAGCUCUGGAGAAGGGACUCGAUCCAAACUACCACGACACUGAGAGCGGAGAGACUCCUCUUACUCUGGCGGUUCAGGGAAGUUUGAGCAUGGAAGGUAUCCGUGUUCUGGUGCUGAAUGGAGCCCAUAUGGAUUUCCGGUCCAGGGACGGUCUCACGCCCCUUCAUAAAGCCGUCAGAGCUCAUAACCAAUCAGCACUGCUGGCACUGCUGUCUCUGGGGGCGUCUCCGGAUUAUCGGGACCGCUGUGGUCUGACGCCACUGUACCACUCAGUGCUGACAGGGGGUGACACUUCCUGUUGUGAAGCUCUGCUGUAUUACAGAGCUCGACUGGGUGUCCGAGAUGAGAACGGCUGGGACGAGUCACACCAGGCGUGCCAGCACGGAUUUGCUCAACAUUUAGAACAUCUUCUUUUCUAUGGUGCUGACACCACUUCGCAGAAUGCAUCAGGAAACACUGCCCUCCACAUUUGUGCCCUUUAUAACAAGGAGAGCUGUGUCCGGGUCCUCCUUUACCGUGGAGCAAAUAAAUUGAUAAAGAACAAACAUGGCCAAACCCCUUUCCAGGUUGCUGUGAUGUCUGGCCAUUUUGAACUUGGAGAAAUCAUUAAAAAUCACAAUGAUGCAGAUGUUGUUCCAUUUUUGGAAACUCCAAAAUAUGCCCCUCACUGUAUGGACAGUGUGCCGAAUCAAGCCCUCACAGCUGGACUUCAACAUCCGCACACGCUGCUCCGCGCCAAGAGCGAGAACACGAUGACAACACUCAUGGAUUCUGUAGCUCAGCCCACCGCUGCUGCCAGCAUGCCGUCUGCUCAGACUCAGCGCCGGGCGUCUUUUGCUCUGAGGAGUUCCAGCAGUCCACGUGGAGCUCGGACACGUUCUCCGUCUCGUGGGAGAGAGGGAGGAGACGUGGAGGAGAAACUGCAAAAACAACGUGGGAGGCAAGGAGGGGGCGGAGGUCAGAGGAAGAGGCUGUAUAGUGCUGUUCCGGGUCGCGUGUUUGUGGCGACACGUUCUCACUCAGCUCAUGGCGAGCGUGAGAUCACCCUCAGCAAAGGGGACAAGGUUAAAGUGCUCAGUGUGGGUGAAGGGGGAUUCUGGGAGGGGACAGUGAAGGGUCGCACAGGCUGGUUUCCUGCCGACUGUGUAGAAGAGGUUCUGCCCCAAAACCAGGAGCCGCAAGCAGAAAGCCGCAGUGAGAAAGCGAAGAGGAAACUGUUUCGUCAUUACACUGUUGGAACGUACGACGGCCUUGAGGUGCCCAGUGACUACAUCAUAAAGGAGAAAACUGUUCUUCUGCAGAAAAAAGAAAAUGAAGGCUUCGGUUUUGUACUCAGAGGAGCUAAAGCUCAGACUCCAGUUGAAGAGUUCAGUCCGACCCCAGCCUUUCCUGCUCUGCAGUACCUCGAGUCUGUCGAUGAGGGGGGCGUCGCCUGGAGGUCUGGUCUGCGGAUGGGGGACUUCCUGAUUGAGGUUAAUGGGAUGAAUGUAGUGAAGGUGGGCCACAGACAGGUGGUGAACAUGAUUCGUCAGGGCGGGAACAGUCUGAUGGUGAAGGUCGUCAUGGUAGCACGCAAUCCUGAGAUGGAGGAAGUGCCCAAGAAGAAAGUUCCCCAGCAAAGUAAGCGGCUAACCCCUCCGGCUAUCGCUCUACGCUCCAAAUCUAUGACUUCAGAACUGGAGGAGAUGGUAAAAAGAAUAUCCUCACCAUGGAAGAAGAAACCAGGUAAUUUUUCUCUUUUCAAAAGCUCACAGGCUCCAGAGAAGAAGAGGAGUGUGUAUCAAAUGGCUCUUAAUAAGCUGGACGAGAUUCUAGCCGCUGCUCAACAUUCAAUUAGCACGUCAGACUCUCAGGGUCACAGAGGUCACGGGGGCAAGAAGGAGCGAAACAAGGGCUUUACCACUAAUGAGCAAACUUAUGAACAAUCAGGUGUUGGCAUGAUGUCAUCAGGGUCUGGGUAUGGUUAUAACCAAGCCCAGUUUACAUCAGGCCAUUCAACUCAACGUGCAAUGAUGAUGCGUCAGAAAUCUAUGGGAGUGACUGAAGAGGAGAGGGUACAUUUGCAUCCUCCUGCUAUGAAGCUGUCCCGCAGUCUUUCUGUGCCAGGACCAGAGGAUAUUCCCCCUCCACCCGACACCUCAGCGCCUGAGCCACCCUUAUCUGCCGGUGGCCAUACAGACAGGAGAACAGCACCAACAAAUUUUUUUGGUGUCCCACCUCUGCCUCCGUCACACCAUCAGCCUCAAAGCCAGACACAGCACAGGGUCCCACCUAACCGCAGGGUGGAAACUGAUACCAGCAAGAUUAGCGGAGCAAGAAUAGGUGGCCUGAGGCGUGGCUAUAGCAAUGCCAUGCCUCCCUCUGAUGUGGGCGCCAAGCAGUCCACCGUACAGCGGAACCAAGCGCCAGUGGUUGCCAAGAACGCAGGUCGGCAGGGUGGGAAAGGGCUGUUGGUUAAACAACGCAAGGUGGAAGAGACGACAAGCAGAGUGGAAAAAAGUUCAAUUUCAAUCCCGACGAUUAUUGUUAAAGCGCCAUCUACUAGCAGCUCUGGGCACAGCAGUCGUGCGAGCAGCGAGGAUACAGAGCCCCCUUCUGAGCUUAAUGCAGAGCAGGAGGAGGGCAAGCCUCAAUACCCAGUUACUGCUCCUACACCCACUCCACCCCAACCACCCAAUAUACCGCCAAAGCUGGAAUCUCUAGGCAGGAGCACAGCACAGCGUGAACGCGAGCAUUACCGUGAUUCCCGUCGGAGAAGCGCCUCUUUCUUCUAUUCCUCUGAGGAGGACAUUUUAGAUGAGCAGGAGUCUACUCAGACAUCAGCUGAGACUAGCUCCUCUGCUCGUUUACGCCCUUCCAAAUCUAUCGAUGAGGGCUUGAUCUCUGGUGACGCCUUAAGCAUGCCGCCUGCAUUUGGGUUGCCGCAGUAUGCAUCUGCUACACCUCAUCAGGCCACUACCUUCAUCCACCCGCUGACGGGAAAGGUUCUAGACCCAACAAGCCCACUUGGUCUAGCACUGGCAGCACGGGAACGAGCGUUGAAAGACGAUCAUCGUACACGUAGAGAGGAACGACACUUUGGUCGCCAGCUGUCCAGCACUGGUGUCUUUCCUUCAGCUGUCACCCCUCCCAACCAAAAGCAAGUUCCUCCUUACUAUAUCUACCAAUCACAAACCUCACUCUACCUUAGUGGUGCCUCUCCAACAUCAGGUGGGCCAGUCCCACAGAGUCGCCCCCAGACUCCUCAGAUGCUACGUUUUAGUGGUGGUGGGACGGGAAGUUUGGAAUGGAAUGAACAGAAUGUAGCGGAUAGAGAGGAAAGAGGAGCUACCAAGGUGCGGUUCACAGAAAAUCAAGUGAAUCAGUAUCACACUCACCUUCAGGAUAGGGACAACAGAACUAACCAGUACCAGACUUACCUGAGGGACAGAGAGAGAGAAGGGCACAAGAGGAUACCGCCCAAGCCCCCGCCCCGCAGGCCAUCCUUUCCAGACAAGGAGAGUGAGCUCAGCAGAGCUGGCAAAAGUCCUAUUAGCAAUGCCCAGGAGACAGACAGGGCAGGACAGAAGAUGGGAGACAGGGAUAGAGAGAGUGGAAUGGAGAGGGAGGUAGAGAAAGAUCCAAAGAGAGGAGGAAAUCUAGGAGAUCGAGAUGUAAUGAUGCUUCCACCUCCAGCACCUUCUGUGGAUGUGGACGAUGAGUUUGUGUUUGCAGAGCCUCUUCCACCCCCAAUCCAGUUUGCCAACGGGAUUGAACUAGACAUGCGUGGAAUGACGGAAUAUAAUAAACAGCAGAAUGAGCUUUUAGAAUCCCAGUCACUCAAGGAUUCCCUGCAAACGCUGCCCAAACUCUCGCAAGACUCCAUGUCCCUACCAGUCAACACUCAUGCUGACUCUCAGCAGACCCUGGUCCAUCCUUCUGCAGUUGUACAUCCAUUUCUUUUCCCAACGAAUCCUCGGAUACCCUCUACCCAGUUGUGUCCGAAAAUAGCAGCCCCAAAUCCAUCCCAAUCCCAACCCCCAGUUUAUUCCCAACCUCCACAACAUCCAAGCACCAGUCAAUCACAACCUUUACCUUCGCCUCAAGCAGGAGACUCUGCUGCAUCUAGUCUUACAUCUUAUGACAGUGAGGUGGCCAAUCUUACUCAAUCUGCUCUUUCCCCAUCUCUUCCUUCUCUGCAAACUUUCCCAUCUUCCAGUUCACCUUCUGCCCCACCUUCGUCAUCUGACCCUCUGCAUCGGCCUCUCCCACUGUUCUACCCACCGCAAGGCCACAGCAAUGUGUCUCUUUCAUAUCAAACCAUGCCUGCAACUGCAGCUGUAGUAACCGUCACCACAACAAUGCCUUUGGAAAGUGUGUCGUUGGUCGCAGGUGACCGUGUUCCACCGGAACAGAAGGGCCGUGAUUGGCCAGAUGCUGUGGUGGAUUCUGGAAUUGAAGAACUGGAUAGUCACAGCAGCAGUGAUCAUCACAUGGAAAACCUUGUGAGGGAAAGAGAAGGAAGCCAAGAGAAGGAAAGAGGAGGAAGAAGACGAGAAAGCAUGGAGAGCGGGAUUGUUGGUGAUGGGUUUCAAGGCGACAGACGAGUGUCUCUUGAUUCAACACUUUCUCGCUCAGAGAAAUUUGCUCAAAAAGUAAACAGCACUCAGAACAAAACACACACGCACAAAUCCAAACCUCCAAACCUUCCGCUCACCAAAACACAAACGCACAACAUGUCAAAGUAUCAUGGACAUGCAGAGAAUGGGCGGACCGGACCGUCACUACAGCGGCAGGCUAGCACAGCUCCUGACAUGUACAGAUUGAGGGAAGAGCAUGAAUUGGGAAGAGGAGGUGAUACUGCAGUGAAGAUGCUACCAUUUAUGGAUCGCCGUCUAAACUCUCCUCUCUCCAGUGUUAAAGCCAGUAUUAUUAAUGAACUGAGCAGUAAACUACAACAGUUUGGUGGUUGGCAGGAUCAGGGGCCACAGCAAAAUCGCAGGUUUUCAGGUGAUUCCUCCAGCUGCGCACCCCUCCUUCCUACCUCUGUGCACCCUCUCCAGCGUUCCUUCUCUCCAAACCUACCCCCUAACUCUUUAACAUCUAACUGCCCAGCUGCAGCUCUUAACCCUAACCCUGUACCCUCAUCUCCACUCCCCGUGACCUCUCUAACCCCAGUCUUAACUCCCACCCCGCUACCUCUGACCCCAGCCCCAGCUCCACCACCUCUCAAAGACUGGACUCCAUCGAAUUCUCCUAUUUCUUUUACUCAAGGGAUUCUCUCCCCUCCGUCAUUGCCCCAUGUCCCGCUGUCUCCCCUUUCCCUCGCUCACGCACCCCUCUCUCCUCCAUCGUUACCCCAACCACCCAUUUCUCCAAUAUCUCUCUCGCAUCCACCUCUCUCUCCUUCCUCUGUGUCCCACUCUCCUCUCUCUCCUUCCUAUUCCCCCUAUCCCUUGUCUCCAAAACAUCGCUCAAAGUAUCGCGGCAAAGCUUUAGAGUUUCAGUUCUCGGGGCCAGAGUUGUGGCGUUCAGAAUCGCAUUCAUAUACGCAGCGUCGCAGAGCGCCCAGUCCUCUCAUCUCCUGCUCGGACCACCCACAACCCGGACCCCCACGACCGUCCUCACUCCCUCUAUUUCCGUCUACGCCACUCUACGGCUCUCCGUAUGAAAUACAACCCCCUUUAACGCCUCCUCUAGCAGUCGCCCAUCAUUUAUCAGACCACUUUUUCUCCCAAACUUCUCCUCUGUUCCCGCUCCCAUCCCCUGUGGCUCCUCUGAACCCCGCACUGGUCUCCAGCUCUCUCUCCCCUACCAACUUCCUCUCUGGAGGCUCCUCCCCUUCUUUUAUGAGUUACCCACCCCUAACUCCUUCUCAACCCAAUCAGCCCUUUGUGUCCAAGCCCCUCCCCUACUGGAGCAAAUACGAUGUUGCUGAUUGGCUGACUUACCUGAAUCUGGCGGAGCACCGGGAGCGUUUUCUCGACAACGAGAUUGACGGCUCCCACCUGCCGUCUCUGACGAAAGAGGACUUCCUGGAUCUGGGCGUGAGUCGGGUUGGACAUCGCAUGAACAUUGAACGUGCGCUUAAGAGACUUACGGACAGGCUCUCCUCUGCUUUCUCUGUCUCCACUGUUUCCUCUGAUGGGCAGAACGAACGCAUGAGGGACGAGGGGACACAGAGCUAGAGAGAUUUAGAGAGACAGCCAGUUAGAGGAUAGAAAGAAUAGGGUUAUACAGAUAAAAAGCACUUGGAAUAAAAGGGAAAGACGUCCGCUGAAGGACACGCACUGGAUGUGGAGGAUUGCAAAGGAGAAACUGACAUGGAAACGCGUGCAGCGCGAACGCUCUCACAGAGUGAAAGCAAAGCAAUCUUCUCCCUCUUUUUCUUCUGAGCACGUUUGUCCUCCCAGUUGAAGCUAGGAUGACAAACGUCCAGAGUCAUUCAGAGACAGACAGAGAGAAUGUACUUCUUUCAUUGUUUUUGGCAAGAUCAAACGAGAUGGAUUUUAGUAAUAUGAUAUUAUUAUAUUCAUACAAAAUGAGGCUAUUGUGCAUAUUUUAGCAUCAUGACAUGCAGGCUUUGAUUCAUACAAUAAUGACCAUAACUGAAGUCGACAUGAAAUCCAAAAUGACCCUGUUUACUAUCUUAAUGCUCAUGCCAGGUCUUAUUGUGCACGAUUCAUCAGUGCAUGUCAUUCCAAACAAACACAAAACUUUCAUUUAAAAUAUAAUAAAGGACUAUACUUACUUUUCAAUCCGUCCCCUUCAACCACCUGUCAUUUAGAGACCAUUUUUUUUACAGUCCAAUCGAUUCUUAAUGGAUAAAAUUCAAGUCCUGCCCAGCUUUUUUUUUUUUUACUCAUUUAGUAUCUAGUAUUUAGUUGCAAUCAGAAAUGCAUCAGAUUACAGAAGUAAAAUGGGUUGCAAACAGUAUUUCAUGUUGACUUAAAACAGUAAAAGCUCUAAAAACAACAACAACAACAACAACAACAACAACAACAACAACACCACCAACAACAACAACAUAAUUCCAAUAAUUACAGUACCAUAUAGGGAUUAAGUAUUUAAGCAUUUUAAUACCAUAAGCAGAAUCAGUCUUCCAAAGAUCAGAACACAAUUAAAGAACCCAUCGUUUCUAUUGCUUCAGUGAGCUUUGUUCAGCCUACACAAACACACACACAUACCCUAAUACAGACUGUGUGUGUGUGUGUGUGUGUGUUUGCUAUGGCAGUGGUUGUUUUAUAGGAGUAAUGCGUAACUCCAUUUCAUUUGAGAAUAUAUUUAAGGAUAUAGGAACAAAGGAAAUAUAUAUAUAUAUACUAUAUAUGUGCGUGUGGAAAUGUAUGCAGAAUUAAAGGAAUAUAUAUAUAUAUCAGAUAUUUCUAUUGUUCUGUACAUUAAUUGAUGAAUAUGAUGAUACAUAAGCUCUGCUUAAGAAGUUUGAAUAAAUUAUAAUUAUUCUAUUGUUGAAUUUA